AUGAUUUCUAGCUCAAUAUCUACUCCAUACAUAGUUCCAUUGCGUGUCGAUCAAAGGCAUCAGUUUUUCAUUGAUACGAAUACAUUAAUUGAAAUCGGAAGUCACUCAAGCGAUGUUGACCUAUAUUAUACGUUAGAUGGUACCAAGCCUGACGCUUUUAUAACAUUGACAAGCCGACGUUCAACGAUACAAUACCGAAAACCGUUCUAUAUUCCACGAGAGAUAGCCACUGCUGGAAAAGUAUCAGUCAAAGCAAUUGCAGUCUCGCGGAAUGGAAUUAGAGAAAGUGCUGUAGUGACCAAAGUGUUCGAUAUCAAGAUUGUUCCAUCGGAUCAUGCAUCAUCCGAUGAAUAUGAAAACCGAUACUUGUAUGAAUUACAACAGGAACGACAAGAAUUGAUGAAAAGAAUCCAUGUGGAUCAUGAACAAAAAUUAUCUGAUUCAAUGUCUCGUUUACAAACCAAUUCAUUUACUCAAGAUACUUCAUCGCCGUACGCCAAUGUUCAUUCUCAGAGACCAACAGAAGUCCUGCAAUGUUCCUCUUGCUUCGCGCCGAAAUUGAAUAAUCUCUAUACGCGAUUCUGUACAUCAUGUGGUCGACCUUGGAAACAACUUACCAAAAACCAAAUGAAUACUUAUUCAGCGACUGUAUGUGCAAAAUGUAAAUCUACUCUUCCAUUAAAUUCCGAUCGAUGUGUUGUUUGCGAAACAACAGAACCACUGGAGCCACCAUCAUCGAAACCCAAAGUUCCGAGUCAAAGUACGAUCAUAUGUCCACAUUGUAAAUCAGCUAAUCCCGUACAUUUGCGCGCAUGUUACAUUUGUGAAAGUGUCUUGAUACCGACGUCGACACCUCAAAUGCGAGCAUCUGUAUCGGUACCAGUCCUGACGCAAACAUUGAUGACUUGCUCGAAAUGCUUACGAGUGAAUAAUACCGAUGCUCGAUUUUGUGAUUGGUGUGGUGCACAUCCGGAAAAAGUCUUAACACAGUUACAGUGUACAAAAUGUCGAGCAACGAAUGAUCCAACUGCAAAAUUUUGUUCGACAUGUGGAUGCGUUCUUGAAGCAUCGACGCGAAAUCCUAUGAAUGGUUCGACCUCAUCGAUGAUUGCUAGUACUUUAACGCGUCCACCAGUGUACCCUCCUGUAGUGAAUGUACCAGUAAAUCUGUACAAUCAAUCAACUUGGAUUGCAAAACGUGAAGCAACAACACAAACAUCAGGUAUACCUUAUCCAAGUGCAAAAGAAGUUGAUCAAUUGAUAACGCAAAAUAAACAAUUACAAGCCGAUCAAGAGUUUAAAGAACGUCAUCCAGUGUUAACACCAGUCAGUCCAGGAAAAGGCUAUUGGAAACAACAGCUAGAUCAUGUUUGUGCGCAUUUGAAAGCCUUUGCGGCUAAUCGAGCAGAUUUUCGAGCGUUGAUUGGUCAACCACGUAUGGGCAAAAUGAUCCAUGCAACUGUUCAAGAGAAUGAUCGACAAAUUAUAGUGCAAACAGUCUUUCUCAAACCAGAAAAUCUGUCUCAAUCAACAGCUUUCAUCAACCAAAAGGAUGAAUAUUCUCCCGUAAAUCUCGAUCGUAUCUCACCACUGCCGAGCACUUUCAAUUCAGAUGAUGAAUAUACACGAGAAAAAUCUCAUCGAAAGAAGGAGAGAAAACGGCCACAAUCAACGAAUGGUUUCGAUGCUGAGGGUCCAAGUCAUGCUUUACUCAAACUACUAGAACGGAAAAACGAUAAGAAGACGAAAUCUUCUCGACACGUCGAUAUCUAUGACGAAGUCAAACGUCUGAUCAAAGAGAAAAAAGCAGAUCCCAACACUCGAAACAAGGAUGGUUACACAGCUGUUCAAUUAGCUGUGCGUAGUGAGCAUUUCGACUGCUUAGAAACAUUGAUUAGAGAUGGUGACGCAAAAUUAGAUAAACGGGGACCACGAGGAACAACUGCUUUACAUGAAUGUUGCUUAUUGGAUUCUGAUUCGACGGAUGCACUUCGAAUCCUUCUCAAAUAUGGUGGUGAUGUGACUUGGUUGGACGACAAGAAACGAAGCGUCGUCGAUUUAGCAGCGAAAUACAAUCGGCAAGACUUGUUACAGGUCAUUGCAUCCACUCGUGGGCAAAAAAUGAUUAACCGGGAAAGAAGUCGCGUGCGUACCGCCGCUCAAUUUCAUUCGAAACUCAUCAGAAGCUCCCUAUUUGAAACUGCUAUACAUUGCAAUCCAUCGAAGGUCAGUCAAAUUCUCUUUUUUUUUGCAUUUGAUACUGAUGAUCAAGAGAUUAAAUUAAUAAAACAAACAAAUAGAAUUGAAAACGAAGGCACAACUCCCAUGGACGACAAUUCCAAUCUAACAGAUAAAUUCGUUCAACAGAAUCCCUUAGCAUCACAAAUUUACACACAACCAUUGUCUUCAUCUACCUCCGAGACAAGUGAAGUGCGAAUGGGUCCGACAUCUGUUCGUUUGACAGAUCUGCUCUCAUAUCAAGAUGUUAUGAAAGCAAUUGAACGAGAAUUUCAUCUACACGAUGGACAAGAACGUGAAAUCAUCAUGAAAUUAUGGCUGAAAGAGCAAGCGAUGAUAUCGAUUCUUCAACGUUUUCGGCAUCUAUUUCAAGACCUUCAAAUUGAUGACAAAGACUUCGUCGAAGGAAUUAAGCAAAUUCGUGAGAUGAUCAACUAUGCUCAUCGUGAUGUUCAUUAUCUCGGUGAACAGGUGACGAUGCUUGAGAAUCAGAAUCACUUUCUCGAAAGUGAAUUUCAACGACAACUCGAUAAAAUCGUUCAAGAAAAAAACGAACAAAUAAGUCGACUAAUCCAUAUCAUUGAUCAAUCGUGUACAACGAACCAUAAUAAAGAGCAAAUCUUACAGGAGAGUUACUCGACAGACAUGGCGGACUUGUUGAAGAAGUUUCAACAAGAAAAUGUCGAAUUGCAACGUGAAAUCGAAACACUUCGGGCGAAACUUGAAUAUACAUUUACAUCUGUGAAUGAGAAACUAGAUCAACAGCAAACGGAGGUAGAAGACUCAUCGACUUCGGCCGUUCAAAAAGCUUUCGAACAACUUCGACACGCGGAAAAUCAUUUGCAAGAAUGGAAAUUGAAAUCAGCAGCACAACAAGAAGAAAAUGAUCUAUUGAAAUAUUUAUUAGAAAAAUCUCAGCGACCAUCGGAUGUUGAGCAAGGAGAUUCAGUUGGAGCAAUGGAACAACAUCCAUUGAAUCGAGAAAUCGAUCGUGUUCGUCAGGAAUUAGAAUUAACCGAAAAGAAAGCAAUACAACUUGAACAACGAUUCGAAUCGUCCGAUGAAAAUGUUCAGUUUCAUCUGGAAAAAUUGAAACUAAAAUGCGAUAUUUUGCGAAAACAUGUGCUUACGUGCACGCAACGAUUAGAUGACUACAACGAACAAAUUCGAAUGGAAUUUCGAAAUGAAAAACAGACACAAAAAAACCAUAAUCCAACAGAAGAUUCGGUCAGUCAGAAAAAGAUUUCUGAACUGGAAAAAGAGUUAUCAACAUUGCGUGAACGUUACGAUGAACUCCUUGAGCACUCGAACACGAUGAAAGCGGAUUUAUACCACGCUAAGAAGCAAUUGCAUGAAAAAGAGAAGCUUGAGCCAACUUCCAGUGCGGAUAUAGAGCGAGAACGACAGCGUUCGGGUCUUCUUGAAAAUGAAGUCAAAUUUCUAAAAGCCAAAUAUGACGAUGCAUAUGGCCGUAUUACAGCUGGAACGCAGCAGUUCGAAUGUUUACAAUCAGCGUUCGAUCAAAUAUCACGCCGUUGUGAGAAAUUAGAAGAGGAAAAGGUGCAAAUCGAUCUUGAAUCGAAGUCUGUUGCUAAGAAUGUUGCAAGUGUCACAGCGAAGUAUAAGAACAAAUUACAUACGGUCAAAGCUCGUUUAGAACAAACCGAACGUGAAAAACGUGAAUUACAAAGUCUGAGCGAACAAUAUCAAAUGGAAGUCGAACGAGUUAAACACGAAUUAAUACACAAAAAGGAGAUCAUUAUCGAGAAAGAGAAAGUCAUUCAAGACAUUCAAUACAAAAACAUCGAAAUUCUCAGGGAAAAACAAACCGUUGAAGAAAGGGUAUCGAAUGAAUCGAAACAAUACAGUGAACUGAUUUUCAAAAAUAAUCUUCUCGAAGAAGAAUUGAAUCGUCUUCGACAAUGUCAACUAUCCGAAAAUCUGUCCGUCCACCAACGAACGGAAACCAGCAUAUCGGAUUCAUCGAAAUACAUCGAAGAAUUGAAAUGCAAAAUCGAUGAAUACGAACAACUUUUUGUCGAAGAGAAAUCAACGAAAGAAUCAUUACAAGUUCAAAUUAAAAUACUCGAAGAAGAAAAUCUCGAUUUACGAGAGAUUAUGAAUCAAAUGAGAAAGCGAACGCAAGACGAUCGGAAUGAAGUCAAACAAAAACUGCGAGAAGAAAAACCGGGAAAAGUAUUUCUUUUGUUUUCAUUUUUCCUAGAGAAAAACGCACCGAUCGAACCGGACGUAGAUCAUGUUUGUUUUAAAUUAUAG